AGUAGAUGCAUGGCGCAUCAUAAAUAAGUUCAUUGAAUUGAGAAUGAAUUAUUGUAAAUUUAUACGACGUAUCAAAAUUAUAUUAUUCCUCUAGUUCCUCAGAUUUCAGAUCACUCUGUGAAUCUACUUUUGCUUGAGUUUGCUCCUUCAACAAAAAAUACGUUGAUGCAAACAAAAUGCACUUCAUCUUGCUAGAUCGGUGAGGAUUGAGAUUCAUGAAUGCUCUUCAAUUCUAUCAAAGAUUGUAUCACAAGUGGCUUAGAGAAAUCAGAGAUGUCAAUUGCCUCACUUAUAUUAUUAUUAGCAGCGCUAUCAAUUAUGAGUGGUGAGUAACUGGUUGGUUGAUUAUCAUAUAACUGUGAUAUUCAUCUAAGCUCCAUUCAUCUAACCCUCAUGAAAAAAAAUAUUACCUUAAAAUGUUUAAGCUUUAAUAGUAAUCAUUGUUUAUUGUUUGUACACCUAAACGUGAAAAAACAAAACAAAAAAUAACGUUGAGUACAUUGUUCAUGCUCAUGUUACAUAAAAUAUAAAUAACCUGGUUAAGUGUUUAUGUUCCAUGAUUGUUACUUUCACUAAUGAUGGUUUAUUUGCAGGUGGGCUUUAUCAUGUCUUUGUAACUGAAUGUCAGUGCAUGUUAUAAGUUUACCUUAUUACUUAUUUUUGAAUUAUUGGUUAGCAUGUUGAGGAUGGGUCAAUAUAUGGGACUACUAAGAUUUUCUAUAGUUAUAUUCUGCAAUAAAUAGAUAUUUCAACUUAGUUGUCAGAGUGCAAUAACCCCUUACCUGAAAACAAACAAUGUCAAGAAUUAUUAUUAUACGGCUAUAUAUUGUACACUCUUUUCUUUAUGUCUUUGUAUAGUAUGACAUAGUUCAUAAUCAAGAUUUGCAUUAAAUACUAGGGUAUUUAUAUAUUUUAGCUUGAUUACCUUAAAUAAAAUCUUGUUUGCAGUAUUUGGAGUGAAGAAGGCAUCCUAGAUAUGAUUCUACUCGUUUUGAUGAGAUAUUCAAUAGUUAAAUUAUGAAUCUAUCAGAAUAUAAUUAAUCAAACAAUAAGAAGAUAAGUGAGAGUUAGGGUUAAAUAUAAUAUCAUGAUUCUAUCUAAUAAAAAGGUAGGGUGUUUCCUGGCCCUUACCCCAAAGAAUUUUUGGAUUCUUUGGACGAAAACCGGGUUUUAAAAAAUUAUAUGAUGAUUAUGGUUCAAGCUUUCUUGUUCGAUAGAAUUUGCAGAGUCAUUUGAAAAUAACAAGAGUUUGUGAAGAUGAAAUAGUCAUCAUCAUUAUCUAAAUGUCGCAAAGGCUCUCAUACCUUCGGUGGGAUAAGAGUGGUUUGAUGUACACAGUCUUACUCAUGUACUAAAGUAUAGAAAGAUUGUUUCAAGAUGAUCCAUAGUGAAAAUUGCGUCAAAAGUGCAUGGAUUGGCGGUUGCUUCAUAACAAAGACGUACAAACAAUUUAGUAAGUCAUUUUGCUUUAUUCCAUAAUAUUCCCAAGUCAAUAAAAUAAUUACUCUUUGUGAAGAAACUUUUUUCUUGUGCGUGAAGACGUCUCUGUGUGUAAUCAAAAGACGGUUGCAGUGAUUUAUGGAGUUUUUGUCUUCUAUAUAUCCGACUCACCAUAUGUUUUUAAUAAUUGUAUCAAUUUUUAAUUUACGUGGCGCCACAUCAUAUUUCGUUGCGAGCAAAUUAUCGAUGUUAACGUUUCAAGUUAUGAAUCGAUAGAUUAUGAACUUUCAAGUCCCUUAUUGAUUUCAAUUAUCAUUUCGGGUCCAAAAUCGAUAACAACAUCAACUUUAGGGUCUUGGAGUGAUAAUAUUCCUUGAAGAAACUAAUUAAAGAACGAAUUUGGUCACAUAUCAUUCAUAUUUCACAGGCAAAUUAGAGCAACAGAAGGAACUAAUUAAGGGCAAAGUAGCAGAUUUACACCGUUGCUUUGGAAUCUAGCUAGCAACCUAGUACUACAAUACUACGUUGGAAAGAAGAAACCUAAUUAUAACCGCCGCAGCAAGAACUGGAGACAGAGCUGGAGCGGUAGAGAGACGAAGAAGAAUUCAAGAACUCAAUGCAGUCCUCAAUGGCUUCUGCUCUCUGGGAAUCCAUUGAUCUCUCUGCAUACGAUCUCGACCUUCCGAGCUGGCUGCUGCUUGCCGAGGAGACCUUCCGAGAGCACCGUCUCUUUCGUUCCGAACUCGAAACGAGACGUACCAUAUUCGCUCCGAUAUGCUUCAGAAAUCUCACGGCCGAAAACUCCGACGACCAGGAUGGAGACUGUCCUUCUUCCAUAAUAGUACUCUUUUUGUUCUUGUUCUUGUAGAGUUUGUUCUGUAUUGGUUUUUCAUGGUAGCCUUCUGGACUGAAGCUCACUCUCUUGCUAAUUUUUCUUGACAUAUUUUUGGUGGAAAGAUGGAGACUCAGCUAGUACAGAGAAUGUUUUUCUCUGGGUAGGAUAUGAGGAGGGAGAGAUGGUGUUAGAGAUGAUAGAUGGUGGAGAGGUGGUAUUUAUGGGUAAUUGAUGAAAAAGAUGAGAGAUAUCAGAAGGGGUUUCAAUUUUGUUUUUAACCAAAAAGCCAAGUCCACGAAGAGAAGGAAGUGAGAGGUUAUCAUCAAGUGAUAUUUGUCCAGUUUGAUUAGCAUAAAAUUUAUAAAUAAAAGUUGUGCAACGAGAUUUAUAAAAAAAAAAGUGAAAUAGCAUUGUGAAUUUGAUAGUAGUUCACUAGUUCCAAAACGAAAGUUAUGAUUUUGAGGUUUGACCCGUUUUAAAACAAACUUCUCCGUUGUAACUUUUUAAUGAAUUAGAAAUUUGAAUUUACAUAUUCAUAACCACUUAAAAAGCUCUAUAAAAUCUUCAAAUUGAAAUUCAAAUAUAAUAGAAUUUUGUUACGUAGAAUUAAGGAUUAGAAGCGAAUUGUGUUGAUUAGUGCACAGUAAAGUGUUAACUAUAUAUUACUACCUAUCUACCUCGGUCCCAAUUUGAUGUUCCAAGUUCAUAUUCAUUUGAUUAACACAAAUCACUCUUAAUCUUUUCAUUACAACAAUUCAACUCCUAAUGUAUCACAUAAAAGUGUUACAAUAUCACCGAAAAGUGUUACAUUAGAGAAAAUGUAUGUAAUAUGUUUUUACCAUUACAUUUGUCCAUGUUGCAUUUGACCUAUAGUAACACUUUAUAGUCACAUUAGAGAAAUAUGUAACACUUUUAUAAAUAUGUUACAUCUUUAAUGUCACAUUAGGCCUAAAAUUGUAGUAGUGUUUACUUUAUAUAUCAAAUUUUUAUCAAAUUUGAUUCUGAUUUUUGCGAUUUUGUAAAGUUUUUAAUGUAAUUUUUGAAUAUGUAACAUUUUGUCUAAAAAUAGUUUGAGUGCGGAUAUGAAUCCGUUAGCUUUAUCGUCCGUCUAUCAUCAUAAACCGCAGCGAGAACAUCAAAUUGGGGUGGAGUGCGUAUUUUGGAAGGGAGGUACGGAGUAAUAUUCUUUUUUGAAAAGGAAUUGCCAAACUAUAUAAUUAAUUUGAUCAAUGGUUUACAAUUAUAAUUAAUCAACCAAUAACUGAAAAUUCGUCAACUAUCAUAUUAUAAGACUUGAAUUGCCCCACGAGUAUUUUUUAGAAAAGGAAUAAAAUGACUUCGGGGUAAACGGGAAGAAAUAGACGGAGCAAAUAAUUUAGAAAAAGAGAGUAUUAGUUGUCCUACAUAUGACUUAAUUUUAUAUUAUCAUCUAUUUAAAGACUAAUAGAAUAUUAUUAGGAGAUUUGUUUCCUAUUAUGUAUUAAACUUAUUUAAUAUAAAUAGACAUGUCAGGGCUCCCAUUGGGUAACCCUUUCCCAAAUAUUCACAUGGUAUCAAGAGCUUAGGUUUUUUUUUAUGUUAAGAAUGCAUUUUUGCAUGGUCAUCUUACAGAGGAGGUAUACAUGCGUCAGCCGCGGGGUUUUAUUCAUCCUUUGUUUCCUACUCAUUUGUGUCGUUUGCGAAAAGCCAUUUAUGGUCUUAAGCAAGCCCCGCGAGCUUGGUUUCACAGAUUUAGUAGUUUUCUUCUAUCUCAUCAUUUCACAUGCAGCAAGUCUGAUAAUUCAUUAUUCAUUUUUCGCCAGAAUAAUAAUGUCAUUUAUUUAUUACUAUAUGUUGAUGACAUCAUUAUUACUGGCAAUUCUUCCGCUGCUAUCACCUCUUUUAUUCAGCUUGUUGCUCAGCAUUUUGCAAUGAAAGAUCUGGGUGAUUUUCAUUAUUUUCUAGGAGUCCAGGCUGUCCACUCUGCUAAAGGUUUGUUUCUCUCUCAGCAUAAAUAUGUGUCUGACCUUCUCUUCCGCUUUCAUCUCCAUACUCUUAAGUCGGUUCGUACUCCGCUUACUACUCGCACUUCUUUAUCUCUCACUGAUGGGGAACUUCUUGCUGAUGUCACUGAGUAUCGUAGUAUGGUUGGUGCAUUACAAUAUUUAACUUUGACAAGACCGGAUAUUACUUAUGUUGUGCAUUUAGUGUCUCAGUUUAUGCAUGCUCCCUGUACUACUCACCUUUUUGCAGUCAAGAGAAUUUUCAGGUACUUGCAGGGGACUCUUGAUCAUGGUUUGUGGCUUCAGCCUACAUCUCGGGCAACCUGUGUUAUUGCUUAUUCAGACGCUGAUUGGGCAGGUUGUCCCGAUACGUCUCGAUCCACGACUGACUUUCCUUUGUUCUUGGGCUCGAAUCUUGUCUCUUGGAAGUCCAAGAAGCAGCCUACAGUCUCCAAGUCCUCUACAGAAGCCGAGUAUAGAGCUAUUGCUUACACUGUUAAGGAUACUUUACAUGUUCGUUCUGUAUUGUUUGAACUCGGCUAUCCCGUUACUGCACCGGUUCAAUUAUUUUGUGAUAAUAUCUAUGCUUAUUAUUUGACUGCUAAUCCAGUACAACAUGCCCGUAGCAAGCAUAUUCAGAUAGACUAUCAUUUUGUUUGAGAGCGUGUGGCUCAUGGAGAUUUAGUUGUGAAAUACAUUCCCA